CCAUGGAAGUCUUGGAACCCAAAAUAAUUGUCCAGUGAAAAAUCUCGUGAAGAAAUCGACAAUUGAAUCGUUGGAUCGACUCGAUAACUCGUUGCUCAUUCUAAUCGAGAGAAGCAUUCGGCGAGACGUGGCUGUCAGUUGAGAUCUGUGAGACAUCGAUGUUCAGUUGUUCCUUGAGGACCUGACGAUUUUAGAAACGAUGAGUCGACGAAGAGCUCACGACGAUGAUGAUGGAUACGAACGUGCCUACAAGAAAAGACGUCGAGUCUCUGAGAACCAAGAGAUUGAGGAUCGCCUGGAGUCGCUGAUCCUCCGAGUGGGUGAGAAAUCCACCUCCUCCCUGGAGAGUAACCUGGAGGGUCUGGCGUCAGUGCUGGAGGCAGAUCUCGGGGUUUUCCGUACAAAAAUUCUCCGAAUCCUGACGGAUUGUGCGAUGAAAAUGCCAGAGAAAUGCACGAUCUACACAACACUCGUCGGCCUUCUGAACGCCAAGAACUUCAACUUCGGUGGUGAAUUCGUGGACUACAUGGUGAAGAAUUUCAAAGACGCCCUGAAGUCCUGCAAAUGGGACGCAGCUAGAUAUUCCCUGCGUUUUCUUGCGGAUCUUGUUAAUUGUCACGUGUUGUCAUGUGGAUCCUUGAUGCAGCUCUUCGACUCGAUGCUAGACGCAGCCAACGAGGAUAGUGUACCCCAGGUGAGGCGGGACUGGUACGUCUACGCAGUCCUGUCGACACUACCCUGGGUGGGACGAGAGCUCUACGAGAAGAAAGAGCAGGAGCUGGACCACCUGAUGGUAACAAUCGAAGUAUUCCUGAAUAAAAGAAGUAAAAAACAUCAGCCAGCCCUUCGUGUCUGGUCCAGUGACACUCCUCAUCCCCAGGAGGAAUACCUGGACUGUCUCUGGGCACAAGUGCGAAAACUCCGACAGGACAAUUGGGCUGAGAAACACAUCCCACGUCCCUAUCUGGCAUUCGACUCGAUUCUCUGUGAAGCCCUCCAGCACAAUCUUCCAACGAUAAUUCCACCACCACAUCACGACUCAUAUCUCUAUCCCCUGCCAACCGUCACCUUCCGCAUGUUCGAUUACACAGACUGCCCAGCAGAGGGUCCACUACUCCCCGGGAGUCACGCAAUCGAGAGAUUUCUCAUCGAGGAACACCUCAGACAGAUAAUCGACAAUCACUUCCACGAGAGAAAGGACUGUGCAGCUAAUCUCCUGAAUUUUCCAUACAAAAAUAAAAUUCCACUGGAUUACUGUAUCGUUGAGGUGAUGUUUGGAGAAUUAUUCAAAUUACCAACACCCAAACACCUGGAGAUCUGCUAUGGCUCAAUUCUCAUUGAACUCUGCAAGCUCCAGCCGUCGACGAUGCCCCAGGUAUUGGCUCAGGCAACUGAAAUUUUAUUCAGGAGAAUUGACAGCAUGGCAGCCGCUUGUUUCGACAGAUUCGUCUGGUGGUUCGCCUACCACCUGAGUAAUUUUCAGUUUCGAUGGUCCUGGGAGGACUGGGACUCCUGUCUCCAGAGAGAUGCCGAGCAUCCAAGACCCAUGUUCAUCAAGGAGGUACUCCUCAAAUCCCUGAGGCUAUCCUAUCACCAGAGAAUCAGGGACAUGAUGCCUGAGAGCUACGCUGAAUUGAUUCCAGCUGUUCCUGAGCCAAUUUACAAGUACAGCUCUGAGGGCGCUAGCUCACUCCCUGGAACAGCUGCUGCUCAUGAGCUCGUUGUCUCCAUCAGGAGAAAGUGCACUCCCGAGGAAGUCAUCAAUGUCCUCAAUACCCUGCCUGGACCUGGGGAAAACGAGGAGACCAAUAAUUUCAAUCCUUUGAAGAUCGAUGUCUUUGUCCAGACACUUCUCAAUUUGGGCUCCAAGAGCUUCAGCCACAGCUUCGCUGCCAUUGGAAAAUUUCAUUAUGUGUUCAAGGUGCUAGCAGAAACCGAGGAAGCGCAAAAAUGCAUCCUGAUGAAUAUGUACGCCUUGUGGAAGAACCACUAUCAGAUGAUGGUUGUUCUCACUGACAAAUUCCUCAAGACUGGUAUUAUCGAGUGCAGUGCAAUCGCCAAUUGGAUAUUCUCCAGAGAAAUGUCAUCUGAAUUCACUAAAUUGUAUAUCUGGGAAAUUCUACACUUGACAAUUCGUAAGAAGAAUCAACACGUCAUUAAAUUGACUAAAGAGCUCACUGAGGCGCGUGAGAAGAUGAGAAGAGAUGAGAGCAAGUCUGGAUCAUCGUCUGAUGAGGAAGAUGGUAGUAAGGACAAGGGGGAGAGACCCUCUGAGGAAGUACUGGAGAGGAUGGAGGAGAAGCUGGAGGCAGCGCAGGCAGAUCAGAAGAAUCUCUUUCUUAUUAUUUUUCAACGGUUUAUUAUGAUUCUCUCUGAGCACUUGGUCAGGUGUGAUACUGAUGGCAUUGACUACAACACCCACUGGUACAAGUGGACCGUUGGCCGUCUUCAACAGGUCUUUCUAACCCACCACGAACAAGUCAUGAAAUACUCAUCGACUCUCGAAACUCUUCUGUUCACUCCGGAUCUUGAUCCUCACAUUCUCGAUGUGUUCCACCAGUUCGUCUCCCUCAGGGCGUGAAAUCUCGAAAUAAUAAUGAUGGUAGAAUCAUUUUUUAAGGUUUAAAGAUAUUGCGACGAGAUUUUUACACCGAUAUUUUUGACUUUAUGGUACCGAGGGUAGACCAGUUUGAAUAAUUAAACUGAUUAAUCGUUUAUUCGUUUGCAUUACUGUCAUCAAACCAAAUAGCUAUAUUGUAUGUAAAAAAUUGCGUAUACAAUAAAUUUUCAUUAGAUUAUUUGAGAG